GGUAAAACGCUGCCGGAGAUGCUGCCGUUAUAAACAGGCAGAUGCAACAACAGAAUAACCUCACUGAAACGGCCCUGACAGGGACAGUAAUAAGUUUGAACUAGUAUGGAUGGUGAUGACUGCAAUGGCCGGUCUUACAUAUCAGCUAGUGGAGACUCUUCAAUGGAGAGGGAGUUUUCUGGGGCCCUUGGAGGCCCAACAGUGAGCACUCCCAACAGCAAGGAGACCUCUCCUAGUCGCUCCCUUAGUGCCAACUCCAUAAAAGUGGAGUUGUACAGUGAUGAAGACCCAGGUCGCAGUACUGAGGAUGAAAGAGGGGAGCGGGUAGAGGAAGGAGGCGCAGAACAAGGAACUGAGGCAGUUGGAGGCUACAGGGAGCUCACUAAUCCUGAAACCAUGCCAACUGGAGCCACCAGACUGCCAAAUGGGAAGCUCAAGUGUGACAUUUGUGGAAUGAUCUGUAUUGGGCCGAAUGUUCUCAUGGUGCACAAACGCAGUCACACAGGUGAGCGACCAUUCCAGUGUAAUCAGUGUGGUGCCUCCUUCACUCAAAAGGGUAACCUGCUCCGUCACAUCAAGCUGCACUCAGGGGAGAAGCCCUUUAAAUGUCCCUUCUGCAGCUAUGCUUGUCGAAGACGAGAUGCGCUUACUGGCCACCUUCGUACCCAUGCAGUGUCCUCUCCAACUGUAGGGAAGCCCUAUAAGUGCAGUUACUGUGGCCGUAGUUACAAGCAGCAGAGCACCUUGGAGGAGCACCGUGAGCGUUGCCACAGCUACUUACAGAGCCUGGAGUCAAAGCAGCCAACCAGUGCUCAGAAUCCAGGAGAGGAGAUGAGGGAGCUAGAGUUUAUACCAGACUCUCUACUGCAACCCUCCUCAGACAAGAUGGCAUUUAUCGAUCGGCUCGCCAACAGCAUCACCAAACGCAAGAGAUCCACACCACAAAAAUUUGUAGGACAGAAGCACAUACGUCUCAACCUUGGAGAUGCACCUUAUGAGCUCAGUACUGGUCUGGAUAAAGAUGGGGAGAUGCACCCAGGGGACCUCGAAGGCCCGCACUUUACUGGUCUGGGAGGAGAGUACGCAGGUCUAGCAGGUAACGGAGGAGGAGGGGUAUCAGACACACUGAGGCCUCUACACCAUCCCACUACUCACCCUUCAUGUUUAUCAGAACUCGGGCCGAUCCACAGCUCCGCUCACACUCCUGUUGCUCUCGGCCCGCGCCUGGAUUGUACAGGGACGGGAGCUGGGCUGGGAGGUGCGGGUGUCGGGGGAAGGGAGGCAGCAGAAGGUCACGAGGACCUUCCUGUGGGUCGAAGUCACGCGUCCUCACCAAGCAACGGUUGCCAGGACUCUACGGACACCGAAAGCAUGCCAGAUGAGCCGUGCAACAGUACUGCUCUGACUCCGACUCUGCACAGUAACAACGGCCAUCAUCUCCUCCACUCCCACAACCAUAACCCAGCGCCUCCUCUGAUUGUACACCACAGGAGUAGGGACAGACACGGCCCCAGCCACGCCAAAGACAGGGAGGUGGAAAGAGAGGAUGGAGGUCACUCGGUACCCCCACCUCCUGCUCUUGCUCCAACUCCCAGCUCACCUACAGCACCUUCCUCCACCUGCAGGGAGGCUUAUCGGGUUGUUGACGGGGAGGGCCGAGCAGUGCGCUCUUUUCGAUGUGAGCACUGUCGUGUGCUUUUCCUGGACCAUGUCAUGUUUACCAUCCACAUGGGCUGCCACGGUUUUCGCCAGCCUUUUGAGUGCAACAUCUGUGGCCACCGGAGCCAGGACCGCUAUGAAUUUUCUUCACACAUCGUUCGCGGAGAGCACAUCCUUGACUGAGGAUAAAGGGUGGACAACCUGCUUCACCUAGAGCUAUUUUUACACUGAGACAAGGACCUGGUUGGGUUUGGUCUGCACAGGGGGCUUAAAGGGGCAGUGAAGGCAUGGAAGUAUCUCAAACAGGCACUGAUAUGUAUAUUUAUGUAUAUGACAUGUACUAUGAAUGGAAAGCUCACAUGUGUUCCUGAAAAUUUUAAUGCACUUUGAACAAUGAAUCAAUUUAAAAUGCACUUUUAAUCAAAUGUGUUCUAAUGCAGAUGAAGAGCCAAUGCACUUUUUCAUCUGCAGACGUGCCUUGCUCCAAAAUUCAGGAUUCAAACCCGACGCACAAAUUACAGUUGAUAAAUCUGACUGCAGCCCAUAACCUGAUAACGUUCCCCUCUUGUGCUCUUUAACAGAUAUGACAUUAAAAAGUUAACUGUGAAGUCGAUAGCGUCUGUAGAGAUUUUGAUGCCUUCUUCUAAAAAGCACUUUUUUCAACUAAUUGAUUCCCUAACAAACAUUAAGUUUUUUCCAACUAGGAGUAGAUUGCAUACAGUGUGGUUUUUAUAACGCUACAUGAAGUGCAGACCAAACUCAAGAACCAGGUCGUAGUCGAAUAGAUGUUUGAGGGGUUGUCUGUGGAUUAGAA